GUAAAUUUUUGUCAGAAAUUUACGCUUUUUAUCUUCAAUGUCUCUAAUACGUAGUCGUACUAUUGUAUAUAUUCAGUUGUCAGUUAAUUUGUGACGCAUUCCUGUUUUUUUCCCUUCUAACGUCUCAUGUCUGCGCAUGCGCUCCUUGCCGGGAAUCGGAACAAGACAGUUUAAAAACAGCAGACACUUUAACUGGAAGAAGGAGACUGGGUUUUCUCUCUCUCUCUGUAUGAGUCCGUCCAGACGGCACCAGGAAGACCGCUGGGGAUGAUGGAGGACUGUCUGGGCUUCCAGGCGCAAAUCGCCUCGGUAAUAGAGAUUCUGGCCAAUUCGGCGGUGGUGGAAAUCUGCAAACUGGUGGACGCUGGCUAUGCGGCUCUGCGCUCCCAGAUGGACCUGGAGCUCGACAAGAGCCAGAAGGAGAACGAUGCCCUGCGGCAGAGGCUGCAGGAAAUGGACGUGAAGGUGAGGAGCUGCGAGAAGAGGCUGAGGAGGAGCCGCCAGCGGGAGGAAAUGUACGCCGUCCAUUUGAAGCCUGGCGAAGUUUCUGGCAACCAUCAGCUUCUGUUGGCACCUCUUCCUGCAGCACCUGAAGACGUAACAUUUCAUCAUGUUUCACAGCAAGAAGAAACUAAGCUAGCCUUGCAAAAACAAGUGAAAAAGGAGCGAGAAAGCUGCAGCCUGGAUGUGAAGGUGGAGGUCAACAUCAGCACUGACUGUGGCGACCUUUCUUCUGCCCGGGAUCAGAGUGAAGAAUCUCCUCCUGCUGAUAUUGUCAUUGACACCAGUACCAGCACCUUACUGUCCUCCUCGCAGUCUUCUCCGUCUCCCACUGACGCCACAAUAGAUCUGACCUUCAGGCCUCGAGCAAAACGGAAGGCCAUGAAACCUUUGAGCAGCAGUUUUCCCGCCGGCAGUGUUGGCGUUCAAAGCCCCGUUAGCAGGGAGUUUACCGAGUGCCUUCCAGGAAGCAAAAUAAAGCCAGAGGAAACUACAGAUGACAGCCUUCAUCCUUCUAAUCUGGCAGCUGCUGUGAAAUCAGAAGAACAAGGCGCUGACCUUAACCUGGACCUGGAUCUGGCCUGGAUGCAGGAGCGGGUCAGCCAUCUUGGUGCAGCUUACGCAGUUGCACAGCUGGGUUUGGGGAACACAAACUCUGGACAUGCUUCGUCUUCCUUUCCUUCGCAGGGAGAGGCAGACGCUCUUGACGGUCCAAUGGCCGUCACUCGUGAAGUGGCUGCUUUUGCGCCAUCUUUUGACAUGGCUGGUGUCAUCGCUGCUCCACAUCCUCCUCCGCCCUCCCACUGCACAGGUUCUGCAGCUAAGACACCUAGUCAGCGGCGGCCGCCCAGGAACGGCGCUGCGUUUAAUAAUGAGCUGCUGGUGUGCACGGUGUGCCGGCUCGUCUUCCCAAACACUGCAGCCCUGGAGCAGCACCAGCAGAUUCACACGGGGGAGAGACCGUACACCUGCCCCCACUGUGGGAAAGGGUUCGCCCAGCCUAACAACCUGAGGGUCCACCUUCUUGUCCACACCGGUGAGAGACGCUACCGCUGUACGCUGUGUGGGAAAAGCUUCAUCUCUUCAAGUCACCUAAAGAGGCACCGAACAGUUCACACGCAGGAGAAACCCUACAGCUGCUCCCGCUGUGGACAGUCCUUUAGCCAGAUGUGUAGCGUUCGGAGACACCGGCAGCAGUCCCAGUGUGGCAUGUAGAUGGUGUUUAAUCUUCUCUUAAGCCAGACUAAAGAUUCAGUCUUCUGUGUAUCUGUGUGUGUUAAUCGAUCUUCUGCUUGAACAAAGGACAUUAGACUUAACUCUGUCUGCUAGUUCAUGACUGGUGGGUUUGUUGUUUUCAAUGGUGUUGUCAAAGCUGUCUUAAUGCGAAUUAUUCUAGUCUCCAAAACAUUUCCCUGUUCAUACUUCUAAAUGGACAAAGUGAAAAAUUACCUUUUCUUUGUUACCCAAGUAGGUUCCAAACUGUGAGGCACCGUUUGUAAAGUUACACAGUCAAAAAUCAAGAGCGAUAAUUUCAGUUAAUUAGCCUGUCAUCAGAGGAAAGAAUUGGGAGUUCAUUUUUCAAAGUCACAUUUUCACCACCUUGCUCGUUCAUUUAUAAGUGUCAGAAUUUGAAACUAAAUAUUUAAUUAGCAAGCUAAAUAUUUUAUAUCAGACUAAAAAUUUUGUUAGCAAAACACUUAGCAUCAAACCAAACAUUUAAUUAGCAACCUAAAUGUUUAGCUUCAAACUAAAUAAACUAGUUUAGUUUAUUUCAAACUAAGUUGAGCUUCAAUCUAAACUAAAUAUUUAGUUUGAAGCUACGCAUUUAGUUAGCAAGCUAAAUAUUUAGCUCCAAACUAAAUAUUUAGCUUAGCUAAAUAUGUAGUUUACAAACUAAAUAUCUAUCUCUAAAUAUUUAAUUAGCAAAAUAAUUAGCUGACAGCUAAGCAUUUACCUUACAGCUAAAUAUUUAACUUUAAACUCAAUACUUUCAAUACUUAGCUAUGACCUAAAUAUUUAGGAUAAAGCUAAAUAUUUAGUUAGCAAACUAAUUACUAUGCUUGCUAACUGGCAUGUGAAUUUGCUCUAUACUGGAAAUUCACAUGUGAAUCUCGACUAUUGGCAUGUGAAUAUUAGCUUUAUAUUUAUCUCUGAAGUAAAUGGUAAAUGUUUAACUUUAAACUAAAUAGUUAGCUCACUAUUUUUAGUGUGAAGCUAAAUAUUUAGUUCUUAUGCUAAAUAUCUGCUGACUAAAGAUUUAGGUUGAAAUUCUGAUACUUAAAAAUAAAUGAAUAUCAUUGUGAUAAUAUGACUUUAAAAGAAUGAACCCUCAUUUUUCCCUUUCAUGACAGGCUAAAUAACCUAAAUUAUUGCUGCUAACGUUUGACUGUAACUUUACAAACGGUCCCCAUUGCCUAACUGGAAAAAUGAUCACAAACUACAUAAAUGACAACCACAAUAAAACGUGUGAAGUUCUCCCAAUGUU